UUGAACGGCAGUUAUAUACUGUGAAUGUCUAAACGGCAUUAUUUUCAAACUGUUUCGUGAAUUUUUUCUCUCGGCUCUCCUACCUUCGUCUUUAUCUGUUUAUCAUCAUCACCAUCAUCUUCAUAUCGCUUUUCAGUCCAAAUUGGCAGGGAAUUUUGCCUUAUGAGAUGUUUGGUUCAGACUUCCGACUUCACAUUUUACUCUACAACACCAGACAUUUCAAUUCUCUCAUUUCACACCUCAAAGAGUAAUCAGUUUUUGUAAUAAACAAAAACCCACAUUUUCAUUUUUAAGGUACUAAAGAGAUACUCAUCCAAAUUUGUUAAUUUUAUUUAAUAAGAACGAUUUAAUUUGCAUACUAACUACGUUUUGACAUAGUAGCAUUGUAUUUAUUCAGUUUAGCAUAUGCUUUAUCCUUUUUAAAAUUUAGCAUAGACAAGGAAUUCUUAUCAUUAUUAUUAUUCUGAUUAUUUUAUGCUGUGGCAGUGAAAGAUAAGGCUGUAUUUUUCUCUGUACAUCUUUAGCAACAAAUCUGUUGCCUGACUUGAUGGGGAACAUAAUCAGUUCAUUUUUUUCUGGGUUUGGCAAAGUCUUUAGCGACCUUUUUGGCUCCCCACUUGAUUUUCUUGAAGGAAAAUCUUGCAGUUCAGUGUGCCAAUCAACAUGGGAUUUUAUCUGUUUCAUCGAAAAUUUCUGCGUUGCCAAUCUGCUGAAGAUGGCCAUGGUAUUGGUUCUGGUCUACAUUGUUCUCUUAUUCUUCUAUCUGUUACAAAAACUGGGCAUUUGUGAGUGUAUCUGUCAAAGCCUUUUCAGAAUAGUAUGGGCAUGUGUUGCUUCCUGGUUCCAUGCAUGGGAGUAUUGUUGCAUUUUCUUGUGUGUUAAGCUUCGUAAGCUCAAAAGGGUACGAAGAAAACACAGAAAAGACAUUGAAGAAGAGUUCGAUGCAGGUGAUGAUGAGUAUGAUACUAGUGAAGAAGAAUAUGACGAUGAAAGCUUUUCAAAUCAUGUUCCUAGACACAUGGGAAAGAGUAGAUCAGUACCUCACAAAUGGAAGGAUUAUAGAGGUGCUCACUUGAGGAAGUCUUUGCGGCCAAGAAAUCAUCAUAUACGAGUAGAUAUUAGUAGGGAUUCAAUUCACAGUGGCAGAAGAAAUCAUAUUAAGCAUAGGAAUCAUGGUAGCACAGUUCAUGACAUUAGGGUAACUCGGACAUCAAAGUUUGCACAUAAAGGGAGAAACUAUAGGGGAGGGGUGGUUAAACAUCGGCGAAGGUAGACAAAAUUGAAUGGAGGAAAUUUGGAAAUCAAUUCAAUAGAAGUGAUACUUGUAUCAAAAGAUAACAUGAAAGUAAUUCUUCUUUACUUUU